CAGACGCCCUGUUGAAGCUCUGUCGGCUACUGCGCAUGGUCGUGCUCUGCACCUGAAAAAAAAACGAGCUGGCCUGAAAACCUAGCGAGCCGCUUCCCUCUUUUCCGUUUUCUGUUUCCUUGCGGUUCGCUCCGAUCUCUUCGCGGCCGCAUUUGCUUCGCGGCUUUUCGAGUUUCUUUGCGGCGAUGCCAUCUCUCUCUGCGGCGUUCAAGACAACCCGCUGGCUUCCGCGCAGGGGGAAGAGCCUGGACGGUUAGGCGCCGCUUGCGGGAAAAGUGGACGAAACGCGCGCGUCCUCGCGAUUUCUGUUUCGUUCGCCCGUCGGCUGGCGCUGUCUCUAGCUCUCGAGGUUGGCAUUUCUUGUCCCUUUCUGUUUCGCGUCGGAAGCGGCAUUUCGCCGACUUUGUUUAUUUUCUGCCGAGUUUGGGACUCCCACUCAGCGCCUUCUUUUUAUGCGAAAAGCGGGUGCAGACAGAAAUCGCUGGAGAAAGACAGUCCCGCGCGCGUUGUAGAAUUUGCGCAUCUGGGCGCUCUCUCACGUGGAAGACCUGCUACACUCUCUGUACAGCAGCCAGCUCGCGCGCGCGCGCGUCUGCAUACUUUCCACUUUUCUCGCCAGUUCCAAGAGUCCUUUUCCGUUUUCUCUGGCGCCGUCUCUGCGGCCUCUCACCUCGGGCCCACAUUUUCGGGAACCGUUUUCCUGCUCUCGGCCAACUCCAAAAUGGCAGGCGCCCCCGUCGCGGCCGCCCCUGCGGCUUCUUCCCGCGUUGCGGGCGACAGCGGCCGAUCCCGCGCACUUUCUUCGUUUUUCUCCGUUUUUUCUCUCUGCGUUUUCUCCGUUUUCCUUGCCACCCCCACGGCCGUUGUCGCCCAGCUCAAGUUCGUCGGUCUCGGCAACUGGGGCUCCGGCAGCUACGGCCAGAAGACUGUUGCAGACACGCUGAAGAAAGUGGCUGCGAACGAGCAUAUCAGCUUCAUCGCAUCGCCCGGCUCCAACUUCCUCGGCGGAGUUUCCAGCCUGAACGACACCAGGUGGCAAUCCGAAUUCGAGAAUGUGUACAGCGACGCCAACGGCGCGCUCAAGAUGCCCUUUUUCACCGUUCUUGGUGUCGAUGACUGGAGUAGAAACUACACCUCUGAGGCCCUGCGCACCGAGCUCACCUAUGCGGUCACCAGCGAACAAAUCAAGGACGGAAAACUCGCUCCAGCGGACGCGACUGAGGCCGCUGCCGCCGAAAACCACGGAUACCCCAAGUGGACUCUGCCGAACUGGUGGUAUCACUACCUCAUGCACUUUCCCGCAAACACCGGAGGUGCAUUCAUCAACUCUGGCCACAAGGACAUGAGUGUGGGAAUGAUUUUCAUUGACACCUGGGUGCUGUCUUCGUCGUUCCCGUUCUCGAACGUGACGAGUCGCGCCUGGGCGGACCUGGAGAAGACCCUCGAGCUCGCUCCCAAGAUUCUGGACUACAUCAUCGUGGUGGCUGACCGCGCCGUCUACUCGAGUGGCGCUUCCAAGGGUGACUCCAUGCUCCAGUACUACCUCCAGCCUCUGCUGAAGAAGGCGAACGUCGAUGCGUACAUCUCCGGCUACGACUUCAGCCUCGAAGUCAUCUCUGACGACAACAUCAGCCACGUAAGCUGCGGUGCCGGCUCCAAGGCCGCGGGAUCCCCCAUCGUCAAGCACUCUGGGAGCCUGUACUACGCAGGCGAAACCGGUUUCUGCCUCUUCGAGUUGACGGCGGAGGGUCUGGUCACACGCCUCGUCAGCGGAACGACAGGAGAGACUCUCUACACUCACAAGCAGCCUCUGAAGAACCGCCCCGAGAGAAAAUCCAUCGAUGCCUUCAACUUCGUCAGUCAGUUGCCUGAGGUUCGUUACUACCCCGUUCCGGAGAUGGGCAAGAUGCCGGGUCGCGACGUCUUCGUCCGCGUGGUCGGAACGAUCGGUUUGUGCAUCGCCACCAUCUUUUUGUCGCUCUCUGUCGCGAACGGUCUCUCUCGCUACAUGAAAUAAAUUGGGGAAAGGGAACUGCGGACCCCAGGAGAGGAAUCCAGACGGGCGAAGCGUACGUUUGAGGAGUGACGGAGUAGCAAGGGCGACAAAGUGCCUCGAGACGUCCCUCUGGAUGGAAGCCUGAGAUGCAGAGGUGCACGCGGUACAUGCGUUCCACGUGGUCUUUCGAAGGCCUCUGAGAAUGCGCGCCGUUUUCCACAUUUCUGAUUUGUUUCCAAGGAAAACGAACAGCCGCUGCAUCCGAUACAAAUAUGGAGGGUAGCGGCACCUGGGAGGGGUCCUUGUGUCUCUUGCGAUUCCACGCAGAGUCACAGGGGUCUUCCGACAGCUGCAAAGCCUGUGGGGAGGGACGUUUCCGAUGCAUUUUGAGAAAAGUGAAGCAGCUACCCGAACAGACAUUCGACACGCGGGUUUGUCGCCGCGAGAACAGCGAUAAGUUUUGUGCGCAGACCAGUGUGGAUACUUUGUAGACCCACAGACGGCCGAGACGGCGUAUCCCAGAGGAAAAUAUAUCUACGUAUGUGCGUGUGUGACUACCGUCGUCCCGAUGUAUUCGCGACUCUUUCGCGUGGACGUGUGUCUUCGCGUGAACGGCGCGCACCGUGGGAUCAGGUAGAGUAGAAAAGAGAUGCGCUGGUGUCAGAUUCUUUUCAGUGUUCUCUUCUCUCUGAGGAAGAGGGCGUCUUUGUCAGAUUUCGGUCUCUCUUCUCUACUUAUUUGUCCCGUAUACACACCUCUCGGAUCGCCUCAGGGAGUGCGGUGCUGCUCUCUUCAGAGAGGAGACAUAAACCCUGCAGCUAGCGACAGCAAAGGCCGUCCUGUGUCUGCCGUUGAGGGGGGCCUCGUCUGGUGGGGACCUUUGCAUUGUUUUUCUUGUGUUACCUCUUUAUGUUUUUUCAAAAGAAAAAACGAGGGAUCGGCUCCUUUUUCUCUUCGACAAACCGCCCCUAAACCCCCAUGUGUCGUGCGCUUUGCACGGGAAUCGCCAUCCCGGUUGUCUUUUUCCCCGCUGUGUUUUUUCACAACUCUCGACUCGUGUGUUAACGAAUCCAAACACCCCG